AUGGAUGAAACCUACGCUCCCUUCGAGUCCGCCGAAUCUAACGGAGUAUCUCGCGCCGCCGAUCACGGCUGGCAGAAGGUUACCUACGCAAAGAAACAUAAGAAGAAGGAAGCUAACGGUGUCGCCGGUUCUAACAAACUGACGUUUAACGGCAACGAUGCGGCCUUCCGGUCGCUCGAGCUGCACUCGGAGGAUCGGCGUCGGCGCAUUCUCGAGGCGCAGUCUGCGGCUGAGGCCGAUUUCGAUGAUGCUCCGGUCAGAUCGAAGCAGAGGUCACGUCUUAAUGAUGAUGACUAUGAUGAGGAUGAUGAGGAUGUGGAUCGCUCGGCGGAGAACGGGAAAGUGGAGGAGAAGAAGGUGAAGAAGGAGAAGAAGCCGAAGAAGCCUAAAGUGACGGUGGCUGAGGCUGCAGCGAAGAUUGAUGCGGCUGAUCUGGAGUCUUUUCUCGUUGAUAUAUCUGCAUCCUUCGAGCAGAAGGAGGAUAUACAGAUGAUGCGGUUUGCGGAUUAUUUUGGACGUGCUUUUUCUUCCGUGAGCGCUUCUCAGUUUCCCUGGGUGAAGUUGUUCAGGGAGUCAGCUGUAGCUAAGAUUGUUGAUGUGCCACUUUCUCACAUAUCUGAUGCUGUAUACAAGACAUCAGCUGACUGGAUAAAUCAUCGAUCUCCUGAGGCACUCAGUUUCUUUCUUCUGUGGUCUUUGGAUAGUAUUCUUGCUGACUUGGCUAGCCAGCAAACUCUGACCAAGGGUUCCAAAAAGGCUGUGCAACCAGUAACUUCAAAAUCUCAGGUUGCAAUAUUUGUUGGUUUAGCGAUUGUAUUGCGCCGAAAGCCCGAUGCUCUUAUUGCUGUAUUGCCCACAUUGAGGGAAAAUACAAAAUAUCAAGGACAAGAUAAACUUCCAGUGAUUGUAUGGAUGGUUGCUCAGGCUUCAGUAGGAGAUCUCUCAGUAGGGUUGUAUGCUUGGUCGCGGAACCUCCUUCCUAUAGUUGUUAGCAAAAGUGGCAACCCGCAAUCCAGGGAUUUAGUUUUGCAGCUUGUGGAAAAAAUUUUGUCUGCCCCCAAAGCACGGCCUGUUUUGGUUAAUGGUGCUGUAAGAAAAGGGGAACGAUUAAUUCCUCCUCCAGCAUUUGAGACUUUGUUGCGUGUUACUUUCCCGUCUUCGGCUAGACUGAAGGCUACAGAAAGAUUUGAGGCCAUAUAUCCCACUCUGAGAGAGGUGGCUCUUGGUGGUUCUACUGGAAGUAAAGCAAUGAAACAAGUCUCACAGCAGAUAUUCAAUUUUGCUAUCAGAGCAGCUGGAGAAGACAAUCCUGAGUUAUCAAAAGAAGCAGCUGGCAUUUCCAUCUGGUGUUUUAGCCAAAGCACUGAAUGCUACAAGCAAUGGGAAAAAGUUUAUCUGGACAACAUUGUCGCAAGCGUUGCAGUUUUAAAGAAGCUUUCUGAUGAUUGGAAGGUGCAAGCUACAAAAUUGUCUCCUUAUGAGCCACUUAGGGAGAUUCUAAAGAAUUUUAGGCAAAAGAAUGAGGAAGCAUUGGCAUCUGAGACCGGUGCUGCUCGAUUCGUCAAGGAUGCAGAUAAAUAUUGCAAGAUACUCUCAGGAAGAGUUUCUCAAGGCCAUGGAGGCAAGGCUUGUUUGACCUUUGUUGUUCUUGCUUUGGCUGUUGGCGCUGCUGUUUUGUACCCCAACAUGGAAUCUGUGGAUUUCAAUAAACUCUCUGUACUUUUAAACUCCCAGUUCUGA